UUGUGGAGAUAAGUAUUUCGAUCAGAAAUUUCCUUGCCUUGAAAGAAUCGCUUUUUUUUUGUAAGCGACUGCCUGUUGAGUUCUUGUUUUGUUUAAACGGAAGAAAGAAUUAUUCUAAUGCAAGCAUCAGCGCAGAGGACAUUCCGUAUACAGGAAAUCGAAAUUAUUCGAAAUAACACACUGAAGCGAUUAGAUUUCUGGUGGAAAACUAGAUAUCGAAGGUUGCUUUAGUCUGGAAACUUGAGCUUCUUCCCUAAGACUUAGUCUCCGAUGAAUUACAUCGUAUUGAUUGUGGCUAAUACCAAGUUCCUUGAAUGCUUUUUACGGAUCUCUGUAGAUUCGCUGAACGUGUUCGUGCGGGGUACCAAAUUAAACUCUUUGUGUUUGGAGGACGGUCGCUAAAUCACUUAGCAUUCAACUUUACUUUGCGAAUAAUUUAUAACCAGAGGAUCGGCUCAGUAGGCCAAUACAUCCCGGAAGAAGGUCAAUAUAUGAUAUGUUAUGUGCGGCGCCACGAUUCUGCUCUGCGGAGGUCUAUUUAAGGCAACUAUACACACAAGUUGAAGGGUCAUUUGACCCCGUACGUGAUGUGUUGUGUGUUGGAGUGCUUUCAACUUUCAUGGAUUCAGUUUAGUAGCUUUCGCUGAAUAGCCCUUAAGCGUGUUCUGGGCGAGUCACGUUCACUUGGCUACGAGAACAAUAGAUGGAACAAAGGAUAGAAAUAUGUUACGUAAGAUUAGACAAGAACACAAUCGCUUGCUUUUGUCUGAUCUGUCUGAUUCUUGUUUAUUUUCUGCAUAAGCUGGUCGUUGCCGGGUUUUAGCUGUUGCUCUCCUGUGUUAUGCCAUGACAGAGGUUUUAAAAAUAGAUUAGUUAGAAACUGUCAGUAAUUGUUUGUUGAAAGGUUUGACCCAUGGUUUAAUGUUCCGCUAGAGCGCGCUGGAAGACGCUCUUGUUGUUCCACGUCAUCUCUCAAAACGAAAAAGUAGUCCUAAUAGCUGAAGGAUAAUCAUCUUAUAUUUGAACAAAUAUGACUCGGCAUACCAGCCGGAUAUGUUAUUUACCACUGAAUGUAUAUCAGUACAUGAACACGGGCCGAUCUUGAGGCGAAAACGCUGCCGAAUAUUGCGGUAUUGUUGAUAAAUAAUUGAAGUGGAUGGUAUCCGCUUACUGUAUUUGUUCUACACGCAAGUAUUGCGCUAUUAAGCCCCACUGAUAGUGCGUGUUUUUACGCAAUGUAAGUAAUCUAUAGUGGGUCGAAAAAUAGCCAUUUCCUGAUGGUCGACUUGAGCGAAGCGCGUUUGAUAAAAUGGAACCCAUUCAAGAACAGGAUAUCGUUGUGCAGGAUUUGCUGCUGUUGUGGUAAAUUGACCGCGUUUAAGCUUAAGUCCGGAGAAUCGUGCGUGAGCUCAGGAAAUUCAACAGAAGACGAGAAAGAUUUGCCCGCAAGGGAGAGUAUUAAGGCAAGCGAGGUGGUCUCGCGCGGGAUGUCGAGCUAUUACUUUUCCUCGCACAUGCAUCCACGCGAAGGAGCGAAGGUACGAGGGAGGCCAACGUUCGGUCACAAGUCCAAAUCAUCCGGUGGGGAUAAACGCGCGCGAGGGAACAGCAAACCCGCCGCGCGCUCGGGUGUGCGGGAACGUGACCAGUAUUCCGAUAGAAACUCUGAAUUUGACUCAAAUCAGCAACGGAAAAGCUCGCAUCAUUACCAGAGACAUGGUAACGACUUGCCCGCCCGGCAUUCAGGACGUUAUGGUUCCCCUGUACGGAAUGUAAGGCUUCUGGAGGAUUCUGAGGGAAGGAAACUGUCACCGGCUAGAGAACAGGGAAGCAAACGAUACCAACAAACCGAGGAGAAUAAAGCAGCCAAAGUGAUAUCUUCUCACAGGCGCGAUGCGCCGCGGGAAAAACAAAGACUAACCCAGGAUUUGGCACGACAGAAGAGAUUAUUAAGCGAAGAUAUUGCUCGGGCAGAACUGUUGCAACGUGAACAACUUACCAAAAAAUUUGUAGAUAUAUUUGACAACAGGAAAGAAAGUGUUGGAACGGAAUUAGCAGCCGUUGAAACGGAUGGCGAGAAAGCUUCGACAGAAAACAUUCACGAUCAGAUUUGUAACGAAGGAGAGAAUGAUUGCAAUCAUGGAAUGUAUGAACGGUGUUACGGAGACCACUCCCCCGAGUACAAUAGUGAACAUGAUAGCGACGAUGUUUGUAAACUUUCAGGCGAGCGAGAGUCUUUGUUUGAUAGAUUCUUGCGUAGAGGACCUGUGCAGGAAAUGAAAAAUAUCGAGUUUGUGAAUGAGAGUAAAGUUGAGGUAAAAGGAUUGCGUUACAAGAAUAACUUGUUGGAAAACUCUUCGUCUGGUGGGAGGCAGUGUGAGGCAGAUACCAUCACCAACUCUGAAGUUAGAAAUACGCUUGAACUCCAGCUUGAAAACGUCUCUGAUGACGACGAGCUACCUUUCAGUGAUGCUGAUAAGGAAGAAACUCUUUUGGAAAACAGAAAGGUUUCUACCAAUGGACUCAACUCAAAUGGCGGAAGUCCAACGUUUGCGGAGAACACGAGCCCGGUCGAAAAUGGAUUAAAUUCAACGUCUGAAAUAAAAUGUAACGGCUUAGAGGAAAAACGCGACUCGGUAGAUUCGCCAUUGAAAACUGACUUAAUCAACAAUCUUGGCUACGCGCCUUGGGAAUGCUCAAGCGAAGGAGGAACUUCGAACUGUGAUGACAAAGCUAUUGAUGGCAGCUUUGCAUAUGACAACAUAGAAUGUCUACCGCCUGACGACCCAGAUCACAGCAGUAUCAAAAGUUCAAAAAUUGCGCGCCUUAUGGAGGAGCCCGAUAUGCAGUGCGAGCAUUCCACUAAGAAUGUUCACGAUUGUGAGGAAAACGAAACUCUUGAAGUUUCCUCCUGUGGCGCUUUCAACGAAAAUGACGAUGAAAAUGACGAUGAAAAUGACGAUGAAAAUGACGAUGAAAAUGACAUAAAAAAUGGCGACACUGAUGCAUGGAUCGGUCGCGUGAGAUCAUCGGAAAUAAAUGUUACAAAGUCGAAUGAAUCGAGUGAAAAAGAAUGGCAUGAAAACGAGUUUAACAGCGAAGAAUUAGCUCAGAAGGCAGAAACCUCUGAUCAGCAAAUCAUAGAUGAAAACGCUGAAGUCAUGGAAAUGGAAGGCUCUGUGAAACAAGAAAAAGAAACGGAGCAGAACGGUUCGUUCAGUACCGAACAAAACUCUGAGAAUGUUACCAACGAAUCUGAACUUUCAAACGUGGAGGGUAUGUCGGAUGCGGGUGAGCUCAGUGAACCAGAAAAUCUAACCCCACCGGCCCGCGGGAAAAUAAAGAAGAAGAAAAGGAAGAAGUCGAAAACUAACAAGAACGUGCAUAAGCUAGUUUCCCAUAAACCACGGCGGAAAGCCAAAGGAGGGAAAGCUCGCUCUGCUGUUAAAGACGCUUCAACGAGUAAGAGCGUUAAACAAGUUGAUUCAGAAAGCGACGAUGAUGCAUCACAGAAUAAAAACAGAGAUGCAUGCCAAAUAACAGUGCAAGCGGAGGAAGAUAAAGGGCUUGUGAGAGAGACUCCAAACAUGGAUGAUGACUUUAUGACCUCAGGAGGCUCCCCGACCCACCCCUCUCUGGACAACGAAACCGAGUCGGCCAGCUUCAAAGAAAGUUGUCAGGUUGAAGAAAAUGAUGAUAACAAACGGUGCAGCGAUGGGCGAUCGCUGUCGCCGAACGAAGAACGCUUUAGCGCAGACGCUUCAGAAGAAAUCUUUGGCGUGGGGACUGCUGGUUCAGAUAAUUGCGAUAGCGCUCAUGAAGCGAGCGCCCUUUCAGACUCACAAAGAAGUUCAGUGGAGGCAAGUGGAAGGAAAGACAUAGGAAGGAAGGAAAAAAGAAUCGGAAAGACCAAAAGAAAAAGUGACGAGAAAGACAAAGAUAGAGAAAGAUCAACUCCACCUCAUCUUAUCAGUCAAAACCGAUACGCACGUGAUCUGCCGAGGCAUAACUGGCUUGUGGAACGGCUGCUGCAACAGAACAAACUGUGCGCUGAGGAUACUGUGCAGUCUGCAAAAGAUGCAAAGGAGGAGCAAGGCAACGAAGGUAACCAAAUCAUCAGAGAGAACGAGCUCUCUCCUUCUGGAGAAAACGAGAACGCUGUAGAUAAAGACAUCGUGAGAACGUCGCCGGUUCAGUUAUCGCCCGAAAAACCCGAAAAACCAGAAAACCGUAGCGCAUUUUCUCCAAAACAACUCAGCGAUCAUGAAGAUCCCACAACUUCACCGAAGGACGACUUUCAAAAUGAACUUCGUCAGAGUUUCUUGCGAAGAAAAUUUCCACCAAAUGUACCUAAAACGUUGCCUCGACUUAAACCAUCCUCACCUGAAUCCACCGGCGGAAACGAAAGUGGUUUUAAACCAACGGAUAACAAGCCCCCCCCACCUCCAUUGAAACACACCUUACCGUCUAAGGAAGCUUCUGGUUUGGAGCCUUUACCAAAGCUCCGAAAGAUUGUACCUGAAAAAGAAGUUUUCCACGAACCGCUCCAGGAUAAAGAGGGAUUGACGUCAGGGACCCCAAGAAAUAGCGAACCAGCUUCGACUGAAACAGAGCAACAGCGUAAGGUUAUCAGCCCCAUCGAGAUUCUCGACGAUGAUGAUGAGAAAAAGAAACGUGGACUGGAAGAAACACGAGAGGUUAGUCAUAGCUCAAAAUCAAGCUAUGAGCAGUCCAGCACCAAACAUAACGAUUCAAGCCAAAAGGAAGGACACAAAUCACCUCCAAAAUCAAUAAGCAAUUCUCCCCCUGAUAAAGCAGUGCCUUACUCUUCGCUAAAGAAGCCUUUUGGUGCUGUGACUCCUACCAUUCCUGGAAGUAUGAAGGAGAAAUUCAGCCGCCCUAUGCACGUGCCACCCCAUCGCGCCGCCAUUUUGAUUCCUGUUGUCCCGAUGCAUGAUGGGAAUGGCAUGCCUAUUUCACCAGGUCUCGGUCCAACCUCGCCCCAUUUAAAGAGUUACUCACCCAGAACGUUCACACCGCAUCUUCUAACCCACAGUGGAGCCAUACCUGGGCCUGGAAUGUUUGGUGGUCCUUUGUCACAGGCAGGUCGAUACCCCGCAACCAACUGUGGACACCACAUGCACGGAAACAUGAAGUCAGGAAUACCUUGUAAGCGGGACGUGAACUGCCCUUUCCAUGGCAACAGCCCUAGAGGUAUGCACUUGGACAUUCCUGGUCAUCAUGGCCCAGUGCGCGCCUUUGGCCCUCACAGCCACGACCAUUUGUCUGCAGUUAUGUCACGUGAUCGUCGUGAGUGCGACAAAAGCCAAUGCCGACAACCAGAAUUUCAGGCGUACCAGCCGGAUAAGCAGUCCCCACCCGAUAGAGACACUCUAGGGGACAAAGCAAACCUCCAGACACCCAAAGUGGUAAAGCCCAUUGCGCAUGUCCCAGGAAAGCGCCCUCCACUGAUGCUGUCCCAUCUUCAGCAAAUUGGGAAGCAUUCCCCUGCAAGUCUGAGAGAACUUGAAACUUUACAUGACGAUAAAGUCCGCCGCUUCGGAAGCGAUCACUUGCUUUCUCCCCAUCAACUCCAGAAGUCACCUGAAAGAUCUCCCAGGGAACGCGUGGUACCUCACAUGACCUCACUGUACGAGCGGAGACCCCUCCAUCAGCCUCUCACUUUGUCUGAUCUAAAUCGCAGAAGAGAAGAAGAAAUGUUACGGAUAAAGAUUGACGAAGGCGUCAAGGUGCAUCCAGGGGAACUUGUUGUCUCUGGCCUCACUUCUCCUUCCCGCGGACCAGCCAAGUUUACAACCCCUCCGCAUUCAAAGGAUUCUACCUUAAUCUCUCCCGGGCGGGGACCGAGCUCGACUUCCAUUUCGCCAGUAGACAAGAGGGAUCAGGCCGUUUCAUUGAGACGUCUAGUAGACGAAAGGAAGCCUGGCUCUAUCACGGGUGAAUUUAUCAAGCCUGGACCUCCACGUCUUCGACCAUUGGAUGAAGCAGAUGUAAGAGUGUCCUCUGAUAGGCAGAGGCGUGAGGAGUUGAGUAGAGGAUAUUCGUCACCAUUGCUAAGGAUGCAUUCAGCCAAAGAAGCAAGCCCUCGAGAUGUAGAAAUCUUAGAACAUGCUGGUCGACUGGAGAGAGAGCGAAACGCCGAUUCUUCGCACGGCAAUUCUAGCAUCACAAACCCAGGCCUUCGACUGUUGGAUGAAAAAGUGAGACAAACUAGUAAUAAAGAAGAACGUGCAAGAGAAGGCCUCAGUCCCGAAAUGGAACACAGGCUCCGCUUAGAGCAAUCAGGAGAGCUCAAGGCAAGAGGCACAAAUUUAGAGCUGUUUCAACUCAAAGAAAAAGACCCAAGAAUGGAUUUGAGAGACAAAGAAGGCACCAGGAUACCUGUCUCCGAACGAGAGCGCCCUGAAGACCUCUUACUACUCCGUGCUGGAGAUAGUGGGAAGAGGUCGAGAAUGCCAUUUAAUAUCUCGCCUCCUCUCCGUCAGAAAGCUUAUCCAGACAGACCAUUUCCGAUGUCUUCUUCUGUCCAAGGAAGGAUGGACCCUAGAGUGGAUCCCCGGAUGGCAGCUCUACAUGAGUUAGAGAUGCAUAGGCGUGGUGAAGCAGUCAGAGGGUCGGAAACGUCUCAUCGCGAGCUUCUCAGUCGGAUGGCUUCAUCCUUGCCUAUGAGUAAGGGCGGAUCCCAGAGUGCAAAGUCCGUUUUUGUCCGACCAGAUGGUUCGUUGGAGCGACGGGGGCCCGAAUCCAUUCGAUUGCCCUCCGAUAUUCACAUGUAUUCCCCACCCAGUUCCCUUGUUUCUCGGGAAUAUGGUCUCGUGAUGAACUCACGUCAAGCCAUGGAACGUCUGGCUGCUGCAGCUGGGAAGCCUGCGGGUCUCUUAGCAGAGGUUGGUAAGAAUGUGCCACCUCACAUCAGACAGGACAUUGAACGCGAGAGAGAGCGGGAAAGACAACGACUGAGUCUGGAGCAAAUCGAGGCCAACAGAAGACUUCUUCAUGCAGAGCUCAAAGACAAAGUUAACCCUCUUGUGUUCAGCAAAGAACAUCAACUGAGAAUGGAACAAAAGCGAGAUCACUUGGACGCAAUGAGAGCGCGUGAGAAACGAAUCACAGAUCACGAACGCCUUCUCUUCAUGGAAAGAAUCGCAGAGGAGAGAAAACGAAGAUUCAGUGAAAUCGACUGUCAAGGUGGAAUUAUUAUGCGGCAUCCUUCUCCCCCACAGUUCAGUCACGUAUCGGAUCGCGAGGAGUACGAGAGAGUGAAAAGACUGAAACUCAUGGAACGUUCAAUUUCUCCGUCCGCUCAACAUUCCAAGCACUUGAGCUCCAGUGCAAAUGUGCUUAAUCUUGAAAGGAAAGACCGACCUGAGAUCGCGAGUCCCAAAAACCUUAUAGGGAACUCUUCUCAAGUAAGAGACAAACUGAGUGAAGCUGGUGACGUCAGAGUCAGUCGUCCUCUGGAAAAUGAACAUUUGAGAAAAGCGGCAAACAGUGCGAUGUUUGAACGGGAUUCUCUGUGGCAUCGCAAUCGUGACCAAGCAGUGAGACCUAGUCAAGCAGUUAUUGAUCGUAAAAGAGCUGAAGCGCACAUGAAUGCUCCUUUACAGGGGCUCAUGGCCUCCAAGGCAGGUCCCCUGACAUCUCAACGGGAGGAAAAUAAAGGCACCGGGAAGGCGGAACAUGAUGGAGUUAACCGCUGCUCAGUGUGCAAGCGUGAAGCGUCGUUCCUGUGUUCUGGCUGUCAGGCGGCUUGGUACUGCAGCUCAGAGUGUCAGCUCUCCGCGUGGGGAACACACAACAGGGAAUGUAACCAAAAUAAACGUCCGUAGUUCACUUCAAGCUCCAUAUCUUUUCAUCGUACCUCCUUUGCACGACUCAACACAUGGUGUUUUGAACAUUAUUGCGCCGGACAGUUCAGCUUAAACGAUUGUUAAAUAUAUAUAUAUAUUUACAGCACCUUGUUAGUCUUAAAAAGAAUGUGUUGACGAAAACUGGCUGAAAUAAUGGUUGGUUAACAUACACGAAGAAAUGCAGUGAGUUGAAGUGUUGAUAUAAGCCUCAUAUCAGUGACAAGUCGAGGCCUGUGAGCAGGCCGUCAUUAUGAGCGCUUUAGCACGAGUGUUAUCUUCUCCCGCGGGAAUGUAUGAGAUCUGGAGCCACGCCAGCUGGCGAGAUGACAGCAAGGGCUCAGGCACUAGUGCUAGACUUCCAGUAAGCCUACCCCUGACUCGUCUCAAGUCUUCCAGCAGGCGCAGAAACGCGCGACCUCCAGCGCUGAUAAUGAGGGCCUGGCCGUAAGCUAAAGAAUUUUAAACCGAGUUUCAGCGACGGCACAAAAGAAGAUGACAUGAAUAUAAAAAGGAUUUAAUUAACAGUUUAGGCUUAGUGCAAACCUACUAUCUUGGGUAGUCAUGGCUUAUGGCUGUUUCUGAAUUGCGUUGAAAGAAUGACGUAUAAACCGUUCUCUAGACACAGAUUUCUAACCUUACAGGCGGUUUCCGUUUAUGAAGACAAUGUUUUUUUCAUUCAUUCUUUCUUCCAAGCCCAUGUGUUGUAUAUAGCUUUUUUUACCGAAAAAAAAGAAACGAAUUUGGGUUUCUAUUUAACCCAUAAGAUGGCGGCCACAAGUUAGCGCUGAAGAUGUUAACUUGGGGGAAAACUUCAUAAAUUUGUUCACGCGAAAUUCACGGCGAGUGAGAUUUCCUUAGAUUUUAUUCAUCUAAAAAUUAGUAAAAAGUAACUCUACGUUGAAAACGAAGAAGGAAAUACGAUUUGUUCAAAGAAAUGUAAUCGGUAGCUUCACCUUCAUCACGUCUUUCGCGGAGUUUUAUUAGUCAUACAAACGUAGUACGUAGUAGUAUCCUUGGAAAUGUCCCCACAAUCUCGUUCGCAGACGUCUAUUGCUGUAUCACGCAACGUGUCACGCAACUUAGAGGAACUUUGCGUGAGAAACCAAGGAUUGGCUGCGUAGGAGACAGGAAUUGCUAGUAAGGACCGCUCCUCUGGCGUCUUGAAUAUUGGUGUAAACUAAAAUUUAAAACGAAUUUCAAAUCUUUAAUUUAAUUUAUGUCAGACAUCUAUUUAUGUAUGUAAAUCUUAAAUUAUGUUGGAUUAGAAGUGUAGAGUUUUUGUAAAAUGUAUUUAUUUCUGGAUAUAAAUCUGUGUCCAUGUAUAAAGAAAAAAGAUAAAUGUCGUUUUAAGAAAUAAAAUGCUUUGCAUUUAAAGCA